UCAUGCAUGCAAAUGUACUUAAUUUUAUCAAAGAUCCGUAAGCGAAUGAUGAUUUCCGUAUGACUAGUGUAACUGAAUCGAGGUUAGUGAAAGCAACCCAGCUGUAGUGUAGACAUAAUGUGCGGGAAACUACGCACGCGUGUGUUGUUUACUCAUUUACUUAGCGAGUUAUUCUCAUUUUGAUGGAAAACGUUUUAGAUUUCUGCGUUUCAAUUGCAGUGAUAUUGACUGACCGAAAUUUUAUUCAGUGAUGGCGACGAUUUGUGGAGUUUAUAAACUAGUAACAUUAACAUCGUUUCGAUUGAAGUUUAUUCGAUAAUUUGGUAAUAUAAAAUCGUGGACGAGCAGCCGGUGCCGGUGAAGGCCGGUUUCCAUCGGAUGGAGCACAACCACAACACAACGGCAAACCCGUUCUGAACAUCGCAAAAUGUAUUCUGCGAACCAUAAAACAAUCUUCGUUCUGGACCACACACCGUACUUUGGCAUCCCCUGUGAAGCACCCAUAGAAUUCGACUUUAUCAAGACCCGUGGUACAUCACACAUUCCAAUUAAGCCCAUUUCUAAAUCUUUGUGGACAUGCAGUGUGGAAGCAGCAAUCGAAUAUUGCAGGAUUGCUUGGGAUUUAUUUCCCACCGGAAAACUAAUCAGAUUCAUAGCCAGUGAUUCAGUGCCACAUAUUCUAAACAACUGGAAUUCAUCACAACAAUCAAUAAGUUGUAUUAUGAGUGGAUUGGCACAACUUGGGAUUCCACCAUCUUCCAGAACAGCAAAUAUGCCUGAGCACACAGUUAUUCAUGGACUCAGGACAGCAUUAUCUUCUUUUGUAGAGUGUACAGACUUGCAAUGGGAAAGAUACAAAAGUUUUUCAGCAAAUGACGAUCAGAAACUCAUUAACAGAUGCAGGGUUAUCUGCAUAACAUCAACCAGAGAUGAUGAAAGUAUGAAGCGCCUAGAGGACAUUUUUCACAAUGUUUUACUGCAACAAAAUCAACUCUGUCAGGGCGGUAAGCGAAAAGCAGACAUUUCGUUGGCGAUAGAUCAUUGCCAUCUGGUUAUUAUCAACACAUAUCCAGUUACAAUAGAGUCACAAGUUAGCAACCAUCCACCAAGGCAUUUAUCAUCGAUUCUAACAACAGAAGUACAUUCAAUCAAGGCAACACUGAUUUCAAACAAAUUAUCUUCACUAAUAUUAGAACACUACGACUUGGCGAGUACAACAGUCACAGGUAUACCAAUGAAAGAAGAACAAAAUGCUUCUUCAUCUGCAAAUUAUGACGUGGAGAUUUAUCACGCCAGUUCAGCUCACACGUCCAUACUUAAAGGAAACGCUGCGGAUACAGCAGCGAUAAGAACGAAAAAGGAUGGUCACGAGUACGAGACUGUGACAUUAAAGUGGUGCACACCGAGAAGUUGUAGCGCUGCUGAAAUGCAAAACUGCACGUCAAUGCAUCGCAUCACACCAGUCGAUGUGAAUUCGCGUCCGUCGCUAUGUUUGAUUAAUUUUCUGUUGAACGGCAGGUCCGUGAUGCUAGAGAUGGCUAGGAAGACGGGUGGUAAGAUUACGAGCCAUCUGCUGGCGGCGCAUGGAGGCGAGAUCUUUGUACAUACGCUGUCCACGGCGCGUUCUGUCCUCGAGGAUCCGCCGUCCAUCUCCGAGGGUUGCGGCGGCCGUGUGACUGAUUAUCGUAUCCCGGAUUUUGGACUGUUUAUCAAGCAGAAUCGACUUUUUCCGCUGAAACCAGGCAAUUACAAGGAGAUACCCACAUUGAAAAUGAAGCAAAGAUUGGCCAGGCACACGAAGUACUGGCCUCUAACUAUUAGUUCAACGUUGAUAUUUAAUUUAAAAGCGUACAUUGACCCGUUACCUGCCUUGAUUACUGAAGAGAAGAUCACAGAUGAAGAGGUGAACAGAUGCAAACAAGUCAUUUACAACUUGAUUGGAUUAGAGUCUAAGCAUGAGUCUCUGCACCUCACGAACGUCGGGCAGAAGUUUAAGGGACAGAAACGCGAGGAACAGUAUAAGUGCGUGUGGAAGGAGCUUGAGACACUUAUUAAGAAUAAUCUGCACACCGAGCAGCACAGAGCAAUUUACACCUGUUUGCGCGAGUGUUACAAAUUCAAUCCCGACGUGAGUGCGGAUCGCGUUGAACUUGACCAGGCAAUCCGAGAGCUUGAUUACUACGAAAAUGAGGGACACCAGCGUGCGACUGUGAUACGCGCUACCACGGAUUCGCCCAUGUCACCACCGCAUUCGUCAGCUACGAGGAAUCCUACCAGGGCCGCGCUGGGAGCUAAGAAUUUGUUCGACAUUUUCAUGGCUUCGCAUAGCAUGGCUGCCAGCAAGAAAUCACGAUUAGACUUUGCAGGGCGGAGAGAGGGUGGAACAAUUGCGACGCUGUAUGCUAAUCUUAAGAAAGACAGUGAAAGAGUCACCAAGGGUGAGGGUAUGGUGAUUGAGUGACUUUACAAUGGCAUAAUAUUUGUUUUAAUACCUUCAUGACUUUUUUCAUCGAAAUAAUGUUGAAAUUUGAUUCUUAACAAGUAUAAUAAAUCAGAGUAUUUGUUUUUA